AUGAAGACUAUCUUAAAGCUUUCUGCAAUAAUGUCAGGUCUGGCCAUUGCUUUGCUAAUGCUGUGCACCAUCUGCCAGGGACUGCCGCAUCCGCCGCCAACGCCGGCUGGCGCCUACGACAACAAGUUCGACAAUGUGGACCUGGACGAGAUAUUGGCGCAGGAGCGCCUCCUAAACAACUACAUCAAGUGCCUGGAGGGCAAUGGACCCUGUACACCCGAUGCCAAAAUGCUGAAGGACAUACUGCCCGAUGCUAUACAAACCGAUUGCGUUAAGUGCACGGAGAAGCAAAAGUAUGGCGCUGAGAAGGUCACUCGCCAUCUGAUCGACCACCGGCCCGCGGAUUGGGAGCGCUUGGAGAAAAUCUACGAUCCCCAAGGCACCUAUCGCAUCAAAUAUGAGAACUCCAAGAGCAGCAGCAAUGGCAAGGACGAGCAGAAAGUUGAAUUCGAAGCCGCUGAAGCCCAGGGUGACUCUUAAGGCUCCUAUUAUAGCUCCUAUUUGCAUAUGAAUUAUUAAUUAUGAGCCUUUAUAGCUAUUCGCAUAUUAAUUAUUAAUUAUGAAUCAAUAAAGGAAACUAGGUUAGCAGUUUGCCAUUUGCAAUAAUAA